GUCACGAUACUCCACAACAAUGAACCUCGGCUUGGGAAGGGUAAAGAUGGGGCUUCCUAAGACCGGACGCUGUCUUUUGCAUGAGAGCUUCAAUUGACACAUAUCAGGUAAUAGAUCACCAAGUUGUAUAAACCUUAAUACACCAUACUCGUUUAUUUCUUGAACUCUAAACUAUUAAACUAAAUUAAAAUAAAUCGAAAAUGAGCGGUCCAGGAGCUGGUUUCGAAUAUCCUCCCGUCCCGGUAUCGUGGACAAAGCGCGAUGUUUUGCUAUUCGCCAACACAGUAGGCUGUACAUCCGACGAGCUUCACUUCUUAUAUGAGCUCGACCCCAAAUUCGCCGUGUUCCCGACCUACCCGGUUAUCCUCCCUUUCAAGAGGGACCAGCAAGAUGUCAUCGACUUCUACGCCGAGCAGAAGGCCAUUCGAAUCCCUAGCGUUCCCGAAUUCGAUGCGCGACGAGUCGUCGAUGGUCAGCGAUUAGUCCAAUUCCUCAAGCCUCUCCCUACGUCGUCUGCCGGUAGAAAGUUCGAGUCCCGAUCCAAGGUCCUAGGUGUUUACGACAAGGGCCGCCCGGGCUCCGUCGUCGAGAUCCAGCAGGACCUAGUCGACGCCAGCACGGGCGAGGUCUACUCGCGCGCCAUCGGCAGCUCGUUCUAUGUCGGCCAGGGUAACUGGGGCGGUCCCAAGGGACCCGCGACCGAGAACUUCCCUCCUCCUAAGGGCAAGACGCCCGACGUCGUAACCGAGCAUCAGACGACCCCGCAGUCCCCCCUGCUAUACCGCCUCAACGGCGAUUACAACCCUCUGCACGCACACCCGGAGCCGGGCAAGAAGAUGGGUUUCGGCGGCGUCAUCAUCCACGGCCUAUACUCUUUCAACUCGGCUGCUCACACCUUGGUGCAGAAGCUCGGUGGCAGCGACCCUGCCAACAUCAAGGAAUUCGGGGCUCGGUUUGCGAGCCCUGUUAGACCUGGCGACAAGAUUGUUACAUCGGUGUGGAGAACCGGCGAGAAGAAGGGUGAAUGGGAGGAGAUUAGAUUCGAGGUGAAGGUUGAGGGCGGAAAGGUGUGCCUGAGCAACGGAAGAGCGUUGAUGAAGGUUGUAGGAGAAGCUAAGAGCAAGCUGUAAGUGAGAAUAUUGGACAAUUGAGUGUAGUAUUUAAUAGUUCGCGGGUUUAAAAGUUCGAAGCGGUGUGUAAGAUGGAAUUUUGAAAUCGAAUAUCUAGCAUUAGUUGGCUAUCGAAUAUGAUUGAAGCUGUUUAUUAUCGUUAUCGC